ACACAAAUAUCAUUAUGCUGGCCAAUGAGAGACAUAACUUAUCGAGGUUUUGGAAAGAUGUACAUCAUGCACAUUCAUAAAUUCCACCAAUAAUGUUGUUUGCAUUGUCACAACAACUAGGUGGUCGAGAUUUUAGGUCGACAUGCGCUUCAAAAAUAGACUUGUUCUCUUAUUCUGUGCUGUGUUGUUUCUGACAUCUGUGUCGGUGAUCCACAUUCUGCUGGCAAAGGACGACCAUCAGCGAAAUGCUCGUCAAAGGGCAAGACUUUCAAUUCCAUCUGGAAUCCAACAGAUCCAUGGAAAUCCAGGAAAACGUCGACAGAACGAUGCAAAAUUCACUGCGAAUCUGGAAUGGGGAGAGUCACAGAUUUUGCGGACUCCUUUGCGCCGAAAUCGUCCGACUCAUGAGAAGAAAAAGUCCCCGGGAAAUGAGACGUUGCCGAGGCGGGACGUACCGGGGAAUGUGAAGCUGCCCGUAGGAUGGGAUGUACAGGAAAUACAUGGGACUGGUCAUCCAUGGCAGCAGUUUCAUUCAGACAUUCACCAGGACGCUCUUUACUCUGAAGACGCCCCCUACAUGGCCAGUCUGCUCAAUGACUUGGCCACUGUUAAGAUAGUCAACAUGUCCUUGUUCGUCGGAGGAAGUCAAGCAAAGCUGGAUGUCAGAUUAGCUGACGGAAACAGAGCCAUUGUGAAGCCUAUGAGGGCGUCAAGGGAGUUUGUUUACAAGUACAACAAAAAGGAACCUUUCUGGUUAGACCAAGAGCGUCACAAUGCUGAAAUAGCUGCAUUCCAUCUAGACAAAAUCCUUGGUUUUAGGAGAGUGUGUCCCUGCGCUGGGAGACUCAUUAAUCUCACACAGGAACUCCUUCUCAAUUCCAAAGACCAGGAGUUGCUCGAGACGGUCUUCAGAAAAGAUGGGAAUAUUUGCUUCUUUGGCAAGUGUGCGCCAUGGUUCUGCAACGAGGAACAUCCCAUUUGUGCCAAGGGGGACAUGAUGGAGAUAUCCUUAUGUCAGUUCUUGCCGUCGUUUUAUGGAGGUAUCCCGAUAUUUGAGCGGGUGUACCCGUGGAGUCAAGGGGUCAAAGAGUCUAAAGUGUGGAAGGGGAAAAACAUAUGCCAGGAUUUUUUGGAGCAACCAGUCUGGAUGAAUGGUCGAUACUUCCUGGAUCUCAUCGAGCAAGGAAUAUUUGAUUUCUUUAUACGUAAUUAUGAUCGUCAUCACUUUGAUAUGCUGCGUAAAUACACAAGGAAUGGAUUCAUUGUGUUUCUUGACAAUGGUAAAGGAUUUGGCAACCCUCAUGAGGAUGACAUCACGUUCCUCGCUCCCGUCUACCAAUGCUGCAAGGUCCGACGUUCCACCUACCUUCAUUUCCAAACGCUGACCCGGCCUGAGUCACGCCUGAGCGAUCUUCUCCGCACAUCCAUGUUACAUGACCCUCUCGCCCCGGUGGUAACGGAACAUCAUCUUCGGGCUAUGGACAGGCGUCUAGCAACUGUCCUGCAAACUAUCGAUAAGUGCAUCCAGACUAAAGGAAGGGACUAUGUCCUGGUUGAACGGACAGAUAAGUAACAUUUCUCAAUGCCAGGAAUUGUUAAGUAUUCUUGAGGAAUUUAGGUGUCUAGUAUGAUUGCACUACUUCCAUGAAACACAAGGUAUUUGUUGAUUGUGUUAUUUAUUUAAAUCCUGUCCAAGGUCGUACAUUUAUGAUCUAUUUUAUGUAUUCCAAAAGUGCCAUUUUCAUACGUAAUCAAUUUUAUUUUUUUAUGUGCUCAAAACUUUUCAUCAAUCGUUCAUCCAUGUUAUCAUGAGAGGGCAUUCUGACCCAAAACACUAUUGACUCUUGGAUACUAAGGCAACACAAAUCCUUGUUGUAGAAAUUUGUUGAUGUUUUUUAAAUUUGUUUAAAUUAUUUUUUUAAAUAAGUUGUGUGAGCGAUGUUGUAUUUAUAAAGGAUUUGAGGCAUUGCAUGGUGAGGAUUCAAUAUAUAUUUGGUUUGCGGUAACACCAUGCGUGUAUCUA